AUGGUCGGACAGAAUUCGUUCAAAAUCGAGACAUAUCUGCUGGAUCGAGAGCUCGCAAUCCCAACAAAAAGAACUGGUGGCGGAAGUUCGAAUAUUGUCAACACAUUCGUAAGCGUGAAAUACGCUUGAAUAAAUCUAAGCAUGCAAAAUCUCAAUUUUCAGCGCACAAAUUUUGCUGAAGACCAAUUCUGUCAGAAAGACGUGCGAGAACACACGGGAUGCGUGAACGCACUCCAGUUCUCAAGAGAUCAGCAUUUGUUCGCCAGUGGUAAGUUUGAGCGUGUCCUCUGAGCAAUUAACAAUCAUAUUUUUGAAGGCGGCGACGACUUGCACAGCCGAAUCUGGUCUGUCGACGAACUGAUCACCAGAAAACAGCCGAAACCCAAGGCCGUCAUGUGCACACCGCACUUCAUGAACAUUUUUUCGCUCGAAUUCGAUUUAGAGUACGAGUCUAUCUUGGAAACAUCAAAAUAAAUGUGGCAAAGUUUUCAGCGGAAAGCAUAUUUAUUCUGGCGAACGACGGGGUCGAGUUUAUAAACACAACAUCGAGACGAAUCGAUUGGCAUGUGCACCGAGCGUCAGUCGUCGGGAAGACGACGCUUUUCACUUGAAUCAAAAUGUUAGCCAACUCCUGCCUUUCUCUCAGCUGCCAACUUCCCUCUUUCAGCCGAUCGACAAUGAGAUGGUCGUGGUGACGAGACGCCAUCGCAUUUCGUUCCUUGACAGCCGUGACUUCCAAAAUCCGAUUCCAUUCCAACCGACUCUAGGCUUCGGCGGCGACUUUUACACAGCCGAGUUUCAUCCGGUCACUCCGCGACUUUUGCUCGUCAACUCAAAAAAAGGAGGUCCGAAUGUGUAUGAUGUUAGAAUGCCUAUAAGGUCGGUGUUGAAGGGCGCUAGUAUCCACAGUGCUUUCGGCUUUCCAGACCGGUCUACGAGCGCAGUCAGUUUGCGGCAUCCCCGCCUGCCAGCCACUACGCCUGGAUGGGCAGCAUGUGGAGUCCGUCGGGCAAUCAGUUCAUGUCGAUUCGUAACAACGCGUAUCCAGUGUAUUUCGAUGUGAGUGCAUCAUUUUUUUUAGACUAAAAACGCAUUUUCAGCUGAUCAGCAAACGCUGCUUUAACCUGAAGAGCGAGGGAUACCUCAACUGCCAUACAAUCAAAUCAAUGACGUUCAUCGACGAUCACACAGUCGCCACCGGCAGCGACCACUUUGGAAUCCACGUGUGGAAAGUGCCGCGAGCCGGAGAAGACGAAGGAUUUCGGCGAGUGGUACAUCCAAGGCCGGAUGCGUACAUUGUCCCAAAAGCGAUAAAAGUACUUCACGGACAUCGUUCGAUUCCGAACAAUAUGCGUUACUCGACGCUUAAUCAGAUUCUCAUCAGCUCCGGCGUCGAGAACUCGAUCAAAGUGUGGGCAGGACGCCGCAUUCCGUGGUCCUACGAUAUCCCAUUUGUUCGCAAAAAAGCUGGACAGUACUUAGCGCAUGCAGAUGAAGAGACAAUUCGGGAAAAGGAAGAGCGUCGAUUGGUCGAAGACGCGUUGGAUAAAAAUGGAGAGAUGGAGGGAAGGGCCGGAUGGGAGGAGGUGUUCGGAGGAGACCCGACAACCGCAGAGGAUCGGAAAACCCUAGAAUCAUUCGAUAAUAUGAUGCGUCGUGAGAUGCAGCUUGGGAACUAUAACGAUGUAUUCGGCAGCAGUGACAGUGUAAGCGUUGAUUCGCUAAAGAGCUCUGUGCCCGCUGAGCUAACGCUCGGUAGGGGCUCCGCCGCUCGUUUGCUUAUCAGAACUGUUCGGAAAAUCACGUGUUCAUUUCUUAAUUCAUCUGUCAAAGGACAAACAACAAAGAAAGAAAGAAAUAGAUAGCUUUUUAUGAAAUAAGAAUGAUGCUGAUCUAAAUUCUCAUUUUUCAGGACGACGACGACUACUAUCCGUUGAGAAGAGUCAGUAAGUUGAAUCGAACUCUAGUCGAAAAACAACUAAACUCGUAUUCUUUUCAGUACAGUUCUUCGAUCCUGUGCUCGCGGCCGCGUGGGAUCAAGUUGGCUCUUCUGAUGAAGACGAGAACGAGGAAAAUGAGCAGGUGGGAGAGGAAGUAAACAACAGUUCCUCAGAUUCUGAUGAGAAUGACGAUGGAAACGACGAUGAGAACGGCGCUGAAGAGAUCGAUUCUGAAGAUGAAAACAACGACAAUAGCGAUUGA